GCCCGGGGGGCCCGCAUGGCGUGCUACCUGGUCAUCAGCUCCCGGCACCUCAGCAACGGGCACUACCGCGGCAUCAAAGGCGUCUUCAGGGGACCGCUCUGCAAGAAGGGCGCUCGCUCGCCGGUAACUGCCACCUCCUCGCCCCCUCCCUCACUUGCUCCCCGCACGGACUACGCUGAGAAGGAGAAAGCUGCAGCUAAGGCCCUGGAGGAUGUGAAGGCUAACUUCUACUGUGAACUGUGUGACAAGCAGUACCACAAACACCAGGAAUUUGACAACCACAUCAAUUCUUAUGACCACGCUCACAAGCAGAGAUUGAAAGAUUUAAAACAAAGGGAAUUUGCUCGAAAUGUGGCUUCGAAGUCAUGGAAAGAUGAGAAGAAACAGGAAAAAGCACUCAAGCGACUCCACCAGCUUGCAGAGUUACGGAAGCAGUCAGAAUGCAUCACUGGGAGUGGACCAUUGCUUAAAGCCCCCCGAUUAGUCCUGGAAAAGCAGCAAUCUCCAGAUGGCAUUUUCCUGUACAAGGGCAGCAAGUUUGCAGCAAGUUCUCAAAGAACCACUACAAGUGAAGGACAAGGCUUCUCCAAAAGCAUGCUAGAGAAACAGCAACUUAUAAUAAGCAGGCACCACCCUGCAACUGAAAGACACCAUGCACUUGGAAACCACGUCUCACAAAAGUUCCCAUACAGCAGCAAUACCUCUCAAAGGGCAGGAGUGUCUUUUUCAUUCUCUAAAAAGGUCCCUUUGAAGCUUGAGUCCUCAGCAUCAGUCUUCAGUGAGAACUGUGAAGAAGGAAAUGAUUAUAGUGAGUCCCCCAACCAUAAAAGAAAGCAAACCAUUGAGGGCUGUCAUUCUCUCACACUUUUGGAGGAACAACUGAAAGCAAGUUUGGAUAAAGAGUCACCUAUUGCACAAGACCAAAUGGAUUUGGAUAACAGUGCAUCAAGUCAUGUAGGUGUAAAACCUAAAAUGCUAAAGGAAAAUGAUAAAAAUAGUGAUAGGGAAUCAGAAGAAAAAUUCAGAGCUAAUCCAUCAUUUUCUAAAGUCAAAAUACCUCUUCCAAAUUUGAAUUUUUCUGCUUCACUGAGAGAAACAGAGCAAGAGAGCAAACUGAAUGAAUCUGAGCAAUUCUUAGAAACUCCCAUCUCAUCUUCAUGCCAAGCUAGCAAUUUUUGUACACAGCUGAACACCUACAAGCACAGUAAUGCUCACCUGCAUGCCCAGUUAUCUGGGCUCCCUCGACAGCCAGAACCUGAGCUGACCUGUUCAAGCAACAUUAAUGACAGUCCUGGAGUGAUAAAAAGAGAAAGAUCUUUGGAGAUUACAGAAAUCACAGAUGGAAAUAUGAAAACACUUGAAAAGGAGACCUUGGUUAAAGAAGUUAAGCCCCAGGCAUUGCCCUUCCUUCAUGUGGUGAGCAAAGAUGGCACCACUGCUCUGCAGUGGCCCACAGAAUUACUUUUGUUUACAAAAACUGAGCCCUGUAUUUCAUAUGGCUGUAAUCCAUUGUAUUUUGACUUCAGACUCUCUUUAAAUCACAGGGAGGGUAAACAGCAUGAAACAAACAAAGCAAGCUGUAAAGAGCUCUCUAAAAAUAAGACUGCAGAUGAAUAUGAACCCUCAGGUUUAAUAAAACACAAGCAAAUGUCAAAUGAACAAGAUAAUCAGUUGUUGAAACCAAAGAAGAUGAAAGGUUCCCUAAAUCCAAGAAAGGCCAAGCAAAAAGCUGAGUCAGACAUAGGGAAAGAAAUGAAUGAAAGAGGUCAAAAAUGCAUUGCAGAUUAUUUGAAUGAAAAUAUACCCAAAGUGCCUGCUUACCUUGAUGUCUCACAAAAAAAUUAUGUGACAGAAAAAAGUCUUUAUACAACAUCACUGAGGAGACCUUUGAAGCAUCAUUUCCAUGGCUGUGAAAGAAAAACUCAGAACAUUAGAAAUGAAAGCAUUUCCUUUUCUGCUUUUAUGUCUAGGAUUAAAAACUCUAACUCUGAAAAAUGUCAUUUAAUUGAUUCUGAAGAAAAAUAUGAGAACCAAAAUGAUUCCAGAUCCCUUCAAGAUGUGGUCAGCUGCAGUAGUGACAUAAGUGACAGUGGAAAAGACUCUAGUGGAAGUUUCUUUAGUUGUAAAUCCAGUUCAAACAGCAAGUAUUCAGAUACUGAAGGAUGUGGAAGUUAUAGAAGAUGCUGGAGAUUCCCAUCUCCUCAAAAGUCCUCGUCUGGCAGACAUUCCAGCUAUUCUGACUCUUCAGUUAGCAGUACGAGUAGCUACAUGAGUCCCACAUCAAAUACUCACAGAAGAAAUAAUUUUCUUUGUUGUUGUAAAAGAAAAAACAAGAUAGAUAAAAGGCACAAACACAGAAAGCACAAGUGUAUUUUCACUUCAGAUGAUACAGACGAGGAUUAUCUUUGUCAUAGUAGAAGUCACAGAGCUAGAAACUGUAUUCAGAGUGGCACAAUUAAAUAUCAGAGAUGUUCAAGACAUAAACUUUUACAAAUCAGAGACAGGUCUAAACACAGCAGAUGUAGACAUCAGCAUUUUGGCAAAGUGCUUAGUAGGAGUAGGAGCUGCCACAAAUCCAAAAGUGGUUCCACUAGUGAUUCAAGAAGCAGUGAAAGAUCAUCUAGCAGCAGAAUAUCAAGAUGCAGCAGUUCAGGUUCUGUCUCAAAAGAGACUGACAACUGUGACAACAAAACAAAAGAGGAUUCUGAGAGAGGUUCUAACACCGAACCAGGAAAAGCUGAAACUGCACAUUCCAGCUCUCUGAAAGUGAAUAGUCAAUCUAAAAACUUUGCCACCUGCUCUUCCAAAAACCUGGCAAAAGACAUAUGUGGAAAAAGAAAGUCAAUGACAGCCAAGUUACUUUUAGAAAGAGUGCAAUCUAAGAAAACCCAGGAACAAACGCAUGAUCCAGAGAGAUUUUCAAUCAGUAGUGGGAUAGAAUUAAAGGAUCACUCACAAAGUCACUUUGCUCUUCAGUUUUCAUCAUCAGUAGAUGACAUUGCAAUGUUACCUUUGCCAGAGAAAGUGCUAAGCAAAGGUAAAAAUGACAUAAGACAUAAUGAAAUCAGUUCGCUGGAAAACAGUGUGAAGAAAAACAACACUGAAGCAUCAGAGAUAACAAAUGUUACUCUUUCACCUGGAACUGAUUAUGAUCAUUGUGUUCUUAAAGACAUAAUUCAAAUUGAAACAGGCUAUCAGAGCCCAAGCAUAAAAAGGAACACAGCAAUAAAGGAACAAACCAGUCUCUUCUUUAGUGAAGUGCAGCCCUUUAUACAAAGCUGUGAUCCAGUACCAAAUGAUUUCCCUGGUGCUUUUCCCUCUAAUAGAUAUUCUGUUGCUAAUUCAACAGAGACCAAAGAAGAACUACAUGAUGUAAACAUGGACUUGAACCGGGCAGAAGGCAGUUCAGACUCUUUUUGUGACAAUGCUAUGCAGAAGUAUGGUGAUACACUAAAUGACCUAGAAGUGUACAGUAAAUCCGUCUCCCCUCCUUUAACACAGCAGCCUGUCACAUUUACACCAGAAGAAGUAGACAAAUACAGGUUGCUGCAGCUGCAAGCCCGGCAGCACAUGCAGAAACAACUUCUGGCAAAACAUCUGAAAGUUUUGCCUGCCCCAGGACCAGCUGCCUUCUCUGCAACACCAGCAGUUCCUGCCCUCCCUGUCCAGCAGCAGGCUACUGUCACCACCAUCCACCACACGCUGCUGCAGCGCUUUGCUGUCUCGGCAUCUGUGCACCCCCACGGCAGCCAUCUCUCCCUGGCACCCCUCCACCCCCUCUCUCAGGCACAUUUUGCCCCCAUAUCACUUUCCCCUUUAGCACCAGCCCUUAUUCCCACCCACCCUGCUUUGCUGACAGGGCACCCACUGCACUUGGUGUCUGCCACUCCCCUCCACCCUUCCCCACUGACCUUCCCCGCACUGCCUCAUGCUGCAUAUAUCCCAGCCUUAUUUACACCACACCUGAACACAGCCACACCUUCUGCUAUACACCCAAAUCACUUAGUUCAUCCCUUAUUCCAAGGACAAGAGCCCCAUCACUAUUCUUGUUCUAUCCAGACCCAACAUUUACCUACAGCAAAAGAAGUUUUCAGUGUUUCUAGCUACUUAAACUAG